CAACGAAACGGAUCUAGCUACAGACACACCCUGUGCCUAAUAGAAUCGAACAAUUUAACAAUUGAAUAAAUUGUUAUUAACAAGAUGAGACACUGUACAUAGUGUCUAAAUUUCGCUACGCAAAGAAGUUUGAUUUCGUUUACGGUUCAGCAUUCACGGACACACAAUUUUGUUCAUCAUGGAACCGGAUACAGUUAACUCUAAUAAGAGUGUUAAUGAAGACGCACGACCAAUUAAAAGUUCCAAAUUGAAUGCUCUAAUUAAGAAAAGUUUGUUGCUUAUAUCAACGCUGGCUGGAGUAGCGGUUGGUGUGUUUGUGGGUAUCUCAUUGCGUCCAUUCCAUUUAUCCAGUGACUCCAUCAUGCUGAUCACAUAUCCUGGCGAAUUGUUUUUGCGACUAUUGAAAUUAGUAACUCUACCAAUGCUGAUCGCCAGUUUAAUAACGGUUUCAGCCAGUCUGAAUGCUCGUAUGAAUGGCAAACUUGUGUCGCGCACGAUAUUGUAUUUCGCGUCAACGUCAAUGCUAUCAGCAUUUUCUGGCAUUUGUUUUGCUAUGUUGAUCAAACCGGGCAGUGUUAGUAUCACAAAAGUGGUCACUCAAGACCGUAUUCAAAAGACGAGCUUCUUGGACAGCAUUCUAGAUCUUGGAAGAAAUUUAUUUCCCGACAAUUUGUUUCAAGCAACAUUCCAACAAACUGUGACGACCUACGUUCCGUCUAAGAACAAUGAUUCAAUCGAUCCGGCCUUAGUUCGUGAAAUAACCCAACGAAAUGGCGUGAACAGCAUGGGCAUUGUAGUCUUCUGUUUAGCAUUCGGAACGUUACUGAGUACCAUGGGCGAACGGGGCCAGGUGAUUAAAGAUUUCUUUUCAGCAGUGUUUGAAGUGACAUUGAAAAUGAUAACGGCCAUAAUUUGGCUGACUGGAUUUGCCGUGGCUAGCAUUAUCGCUGGAAAAAUACUGAGCGUCGAGAACUUAGUUGAAGUUUUCUCUCAACUGACACUGUUCAUAGUUUGCGUAAUUGUCGGCUUAGCAUUUCAUCAGUUGGUAUUGUUGCCGUCUCUUUACUUCGCUUUCUUGAGAAAACAACCGUACACGUUUUUAGCUAAAUUAAUAGACCCGUGGAUCACAGCUUUCGCUGCAUCGUCGAGUGCUGUUACGCUACCAACCACACUGCAUUGCAUGAAUGUUAAAAUGAACGGCGACAGCCGCAUUUCGAAAUUUGUUCUCACACUUGGAGUUACUUUGAACACAAAUGGCACGGCAAUGUUUCUAGCAAUGUCGACAAUAUUCAUAUCACGGCUGGACGGAGCUAAUCUGACAUACAGUACGUUGUUCACCAUUUUAUUAAUGGCAACCAUAUCAUCGAUGUCAAUGCCAUCAGUACCAAGUGGAUCACUGGUUAUGCUAUUGGUUAUUCUGACGAGCAUCGAUGUCGAUGGACGCGAUAUAUCACUGUUGUUUGCGGUGGACUGGAUGCUUGAUAGAUGCAGAACCACAAGCAAUGUGAUCGGUGAUUGCUUUGCGGCUGCGGUCUUAGAAAAGCUUUCGAAAAAAGAUUUAAUUGAAAUGGAUUCAAUGGCGGGAGUGCAAGAGAAAUCACCAGAAAAUGAGAUUUUAAUUCAGUCUGUGUAACUGUGAGUGAAAUGCCAACAUGGUCAUGAAAUGUAGAAAUGGUAACACUGUACAUGAUCGAAUUU